AGCACACAUUAUGAAUUGACCGCAGGAGCACCGAAGUUAUCACGGGAGUGGCCAUCAUCGCAUCGUAACCGGUGGAUCCAAGACAUUGUGGAGCAUUCGGAGAAGACAGCCACUUCCCGAUCGUAUAAACAGUGCCUAUACCGGCCCCUCAGCUCUGCUCUCUUCUGAGCUGGUGGUUGCACCGCGAUGGCAGCACGAAGUAGAGGACAGAAGCUCCUCCGCGGACUCGGAUACGCCACAGUGGGAGGUGCAGCUGUCGGCGGCACACUCUACUUUAUUUACCGUCCACGAGAUGUACCUGGAUUAGAGGCCGCCGCCGUCCCUCCUCCGACGUAUGGCGAGGGAGGGGUCUUCCGCCCUCCUAACUUCCCCAAGGUCAAAUCGCGAGCGGAACAAAUCGCAGACCUGAAAGCAAGCGCUGGCGCGGCUUUUCAACAAGCAAAAGAGAAAGUCAAGGGUGCUCUUGGGGUGGACGAUGCGUGCGAGGAUAAAAGCAAUGAAUAUGAUCUGCUGAUCAUUGGCGGCGGUGCCACUGGAUCAGGCAUUGCGCUCGAUGCUGCAUCAAGAGGCUUGAAGGUCGCUUGUGUGGAGAGAGACGACUUUGCAGCGGGAACAAGCAGUAAGAGUACAAAGCUUGUUCACGGUGGUGUGAGAUAUCUCGAAAAGGCUGUCUUCGAGCUGGACUACAACCAAUACAAACUGGUCAAGGAAGCUCUGCGUGAACGCAGAUACUUCCUCGACACUGCGCCGCAUCUUUCGCAAUGGCUCCCGAUCAUGAUCCCUGUAAACAACUGGUGGCAAGCGCCAUACUUCUGGGCUGGCACCAAGUUCUAUGACUUCCUGGCUGGUUCCGAAAACAUUGAGACGUCGUACUUCAUGACGCGAAGCAAGGCACUGGACGCUUUCCCGAUGCUCAAGAAGGAGAACCUCUGGGGAGCUCUCGUCUACUACGAUGGUGCUCACAACGACUCUCGCAUGAACAUCUCGCUGGCUAUGACUGCUGCGCUCUAUGGUGCUACCAUGGUGAACCAUCUCGAGGUCACUGGUCUCGAGAAGGACGCCAACGGCAGGCUUUGCGGUGCCAAGGUUAAGGACGUGCUUCGAGAGAAGGAUGGCUCUAAGGGCGAGGAGUUUUCCAUCAAGGCUAAGGGUAUCAUUAACGCAACUGGACCAUUCACAGACGCUAUUCGCAAGAUGGAUGAUCAGACUGCGCCUGAAAUUGUCGCUCCAAGCUCUGGUGUUCACGUUAUUCUCCCUGGUUACUACGCUCCUUCGAACAUGGGAUUGAUCGAUCCACACACUUCAGACGGUCGUGUCAUCUUCUUUCUGCCAUGGCAAGGCAACACGAUUGCUGGCACGACCGACAAAGCCUGCGAGAUCCAGCCAAACCCUGUUGCCCAAGAAGAAGAAAUCAAUUGGAUCUUGAAAGAAGUACAGAACUACUUGCAACCAGAAAUCAAUGUCCGCCGUGGCGAUGUUCUUGCAGCUUGGUCUGGUAUCAGACCUCUGGUGCGCGAUCCUAAGAAAGCCAAAUCCGAAGGUCUUGUCCGUAACCACCUUGUCACCACUUCCGAAUCUGGUCUUGUCACGAUCUCCGGCGGUAAAUGGACAACGUAUCGUCAAAUGGCCGAGGAGGCUGUCGAUGAAGCCAUUCGAGAAUUUAAGCUGCAGCCGAAGGGCAUCUCCAACCCACCACUUGUGUCAGGAGUCGAGAACUUCCAUGAGAACAUCAAGUUUGAUGGGUCGUGUGAGACGCAUGCCCUUCGCCUGAUUGGUGCUCAUGGUUUCUCCAAGACCCUCUUCAUCAACAUCAUCCAACAUUACGGCCUCGAGACAGAAGUUGCCAAGCACCUGUGCGUAGACUACGGUGACCGAGCAUGGACGGUCGCUGCACUCUGCGCUCCAACGGAGGACCGAUUCCCCGUGCGUGGCGAGCGUAUCUCGAAACUAUACCCAUACGUUGAUGGCGAAGUACGAUAUGCUGUCCGACACGAAUACGCUCAAAGUGCUGUGGAUGUACUUGCACGACGAACACGUCUUGCCUUCCUCAACGCACAAGCUGCUCUUGAGGCUCUUCCCAAAGUCAUUGACCUGAUGGCAGAAGAGCUGAAAUGGAGUCGCGCGAGGAAGCAGCAGGAAUGGAAGGAUGCCGUCACCUUUUUGGGUUCGAUGGGUCUGCCAAAGAGUAAGCUCAAUCUUACGAGAGAUGAUGUGGAGAAGGGCAAGGUUGGCAAGUAUGAGGAUGAGGAGUACGGGCUUUACGCUCGACAUGACAAGCCGGAUGAGAUUCUUCAUUCGGAUGCGAAGCUCAUCUCCGGCCGCAACCCUACAAUUAGCAAGCAGUCGCCCGCCAAUGCUUAGGAAGACUAUCAUAUAAAAGAGCCGAAUGCACGAUAUAAAAUAGUGCGACGCGCUGUAGUAGCCUCUGAUUCACUUGAGCCAGUUGCAUCAAAGAGGAGUUCGGCAUACGAAGCAGAGUCGAGGGAAGGAAAGUGUUUCUACUCCCUGUAAGCGCUUGAAUUGAGGGUAUGCGACCGUUAUGUACAGUGUACGAGAAGAAUGCGAAGACUUUGGAAAG